UUCCGGUCUGCAGGGCGCAAGAGCUGAGGGCUUUGGCCGCGCCGGUCGCGAUGGGCAAGUCGGAUUUCCUGACCCCGAAGGCCAUCGCCAACAGGAUCAAGUCCAAGGGGCUGCAGAAGCUGCGCUGGUACUGCCAGAUGUGCCAGAAGCAGUGCCGGGACGAGAAUGGCUUCAAGUGCCAUUGCAUGUCCGAAUCGCAUCAAAGACAGCUGUUGCUGGCUUCAGAAAAUCCUCAGCAGUUCAUGGAUUAUUUUUCAGAGGAGUUCCGAAAUGACUUCCUGGAGCUGCUCCGGAGGCGCUUUGGCACCAAGCGCGUCCACAACAACAUCGUCUACAACGAGUACAUCAGCCACCGUGAGCACAUCCACAUGAACGCCACCCAGUGGGAGACGCUGACCGACUUCACCAAGUGGCUGGGCAGGAAAGGGCUCUGCAAGGUGGAUGAGACCCCGAAGGGCUGGUACAUUCAGUACAUCGACCGGGACCCAGAAACCAUCCGCAGGCAGCUGGAGCUGGAGAAAAAGAAGAAGCAGGACCUUGACGAUGAGGAAAAAACAGCCAAGUUCAUCGAAGAGCAAGUGAGGAGAGGCCUGGAAGGCAAAGAGCAGGAAGUCCCUGUUUUUACGGAAUUAAGCCGGGAAAAUGAUGAAGAAAAAGUCGCCUUCAACUUGAACAAAGGCGCCUGCAGCUCUGCGGCCACCACCUCCAAAUCCAGCUCUCUGGGGCCGAGCGCCUUGGCCACUCUCGGGCCUGUGGCGUCGGCCAAGCGGAAAGAGUCUUCGCAGAGCUCGGCCCAGUCCAGGGAGAGGAAGAAGAAGAAGUCUGCGCUCGAUGAGAUCAUGGAGAUUGAAGAGGAGAAGAAGAGGACUUCGCGGACAGACUACUGGCUGCAGCCGGAGAUUGUCGUGAAAAUUAUGACCAAAAAGCUUGGCGAUAAAUAUCACAAGAAAAAGGGUGUGGUGAAGGAAGUGAUUGACCGGUACACGGCUGUGGUGAAGAUGAUGGACUCCGGGGACAAGCUGAAGCUGGACCAGACGCACCUGGAAACUGUCAUUCCCGCCCCAGGGAAGAGAAUCCUGGUUCUGAAUGGCGGCUACAGGGGGAAUGAAGGCACUCUGGAGUCCAUCAACGAGAAGACGUUUUCAGCUACCAUCGUCAUUGAAACGGGCCCUUUAAAAGGACGCAGAGUUGAAGGAAUUCAGUAUGAAGAUAUUUCUAAACUUGCCUAAGUUUGAAAAUUUGUUAACAACACAUUAAAAUCCUAAAGCAUCAAAUUGGUGUUCGCCAAGACAUUUAGACUCUACUGUGUUAGGGUGUUUCUUCUGUAUAAAGCAAAUGAAUUUAUUUAAAUCAGACUGUAUAGUUGUUUAGCUAAGCUAGCAAAAUGUCUUAAUUAUGUCGCAAGUAUCCAGAUGUGUUAUUUUGUCCUCGUUAUUUUUUUUGCUUUGUAAUAUUGAUGAUUUUUUUAUCUUCAUUAAAGAAUGUUAUUGUCAAGUUUUAUAUAACACACUUUCGGAGUAGAGAAUUAGAGGCAAUUCUCCAUAUACUCAAAAUUUAUACUUCCCGCUGUCCGGUUGUAUUGAAAAUGGAUAGUUACAUUUUGAAAAUACAUGAAGGUCUUUCUACACUUGCCAAAGUGAAAGUUUGUCGACGGCACCAGCGACGCUCGCCGAGGCCCGACGGGCGGCUGUGCCAGCAGGAGCCGCCUGUGGAGACUGGUCCUGGCCCGGCCCCAGAGGAGGGACGGCUCCUUGGCCCCGCUCUGUGCCCUGCCCGCUGCUCUGCCCCGGGCUCGGUGGCUUUUCCCCUCCUGAGCGUCUCUCCACGGGAAUCCCGCUGGCCCAGCGCCCCCGGGGCCAUCCCCGCCCCAGGCCAGCGCAGAGGUUCCCGCCCUGCAGCUGACCCUCCUCCGCAGAGCUGCGAGACCUGUGCUCUGGAACCCCGUCCCGCCAGGCCACUGGCCUUCCUGCCUGCAGCGCUGACCCCUCAUGGCUGAGGGCCGUGUUUGUUUGCACUCUGGGCUCUGGGGAAUCCUGGUGCCCUGGCCGCUGUGCAUGAGAUUCUGUGGGAGCACUGUUCAUGCUGUGUUCCAGUACAGCCCGGCUGCGCAGGGCUUUCUGCCACUCUGUCAGAGCGGCUGGCGCCCGGUCUGCUGCCUCGAGCAGUGAAUAGCGUUGGGUUCCUUGCCUUCUAGGGUGCAAAGACAGGGAACCCACCUCCCUGCAGGAUAGAAAGGGAGGGUGUGGGGGGCUUAUCUGCACGGGAGCAGUGCCGGCUUCCCGAGCAGUGGGAAUCAGAGUUGGACGCUAAUGAGGGCCAGCACUUGGCAUCUGGGCCGCUGUCACUGCAUUCUCAGGCUAGUGCUCAGCUUCUCGGCCACUGUCACUGCAUUCUUAGGCCAGCGCUCGCAUUGUCACUGAAUUCUCAGGCUAGUGCUCAGCCUCUCAGUCACUGUGACUGCAUUCUUAGGCCAGCGCUUGGCCUCUCAGCUGCUGUCACUGCAUUCUCAGGCUCACGCUCAGCCUCUCAGUCACUGUCCCAGUGUUCCCAGUCUUUCUUCACGACAGCGACAGCCAGCCCUCCGUUUUCUAGCUUAGUGCAGCCAAGCACCUGAAUUGAGUCUUGGGCCACACCUGGGCAUGGUCCACCAGAGAAAGGGGUCAGAAUGUCACUGUGUCUGAGAGAGGAGAGUGAGGAGCGUCAUGUGGGGAUUGGCGACAGUCGGUGAACUGGAGGGUUCAGAUGGAGUGAAAGGCCAGCUUAGGGAAAUGAAUUUGGAGCAACUUACCAAAAUCUUCCCCAAUUUCCCCUGGCCCCAUACUGAUACCAGUAUCUGCCUCCAUUUCCAUUUGGGACCGCAGGGUUGGAACAUGGACCAGCCUUGAUUGGGAAUCAGUAGGUUGACCAAAGGGGUCCGAGAAAUGUCCGCUAAUACUGCCAAAGGAAGGGGAGUCCUGUUCUAUCAAAAGAAGGAAGUACCUUGGUUUAUCUGUUUCCUGGGGCUAGUUCAGGGAGAAGCACCAACACAGACAGCCAGUUUGCAGUGUGGAAACGUGUUAAAAAAAUGCCACCACUAAAGUCUUGUAAAAGGGAUUUAACACGGGAACUAAAGCAGAGGUCAGAGGCGAGCCCACUGGGCCGAGGGCACACUUCACGUGUGGGAGGUCCAGGUCACGCGGGGUCUGACUCCACAGCCAGACGGAGCGAGGACUGAGGAGCGUUACCGUGAGACCUGGGCCAGGUGGGCAGGAGAGCGGCUGUGGGCUGCCUCGCCUGAGACGUGGUAUUGCGAGGUACCGAAACACCAGCACCUGGUUCGGGUUCAUUUUUAAUAUGCAUCAAGACUUUGUUUCCCCCAGCCUCUGGACCUCACCCAGCAGUGCUCAGCAAACUCGGUGUUCUGGGGGACCGUGUAUGGUGCCAGGGACUAAGGCCAGGCCAAGCCCCUGCAAGGCAAGCAGCUUAAGCUCUGUACUCUCAGCCUCCAGCCCAAACCCUGAGACCACCCCCACACACUUCUUUUGUAUUUGUUUCUUACAGUUGCCAAUUUUUCAACUCAAAACCGGUUUAAUUUUCAAUAAUUUAGAAACAUGGACUUCUAACAACCCUGAA